AUGUCAGCAGAAGCGGUCAGGAAUCACACUAUGGUCGGACGCUUCCCAGACGCCACACUUGGGUGGGAUGAGCCAGAGGAAGUUUUGCCGGAGAAAAAGAAGGCGGCAUCCUGGAAGCGGCUGUGUGAGCUCUGCAAGUGCUGCAAGCGCAAGGACAGUGACGACACGGAGAUCUUGGUUGACGGGACCAAAAACAAUGACAAGGACAACCCACCAAUAGCAGCUCACGAGAUCAGUGAGCACCUAGUGACAGUGCGUGCUAUUGAUCUCCUCAAAUCCAAAAAGGGUCAGAAUCGCCAGGAGCAUCAUACAGACCGUUACCACAGUGAUCAACUCAUUGUUCGCCGAGGGCAGACAUUUCAGAUGUGGAUUGAAUUUUCACGUUCUUUUGACCCCAAAACAGACAAUGUACACCUUGAGUUGAAACUAGGUCCAAAUCCAGUGUUAUCAAAGAGCACCCUGGUGAUUGUCCCUCUAGUUGAUGAAUUACACAAUAAUUGCUGGGAGUCCAAGAUUACUGAAAAAAAAGACAACAAGAUCAAACUGUCCAUCAACUCCCUGCCAACUGCUGCUAUUGGUCGGUAUGAGCUCACCGUGGUGACGCAGAGCCCCAGCGGGAACACCACUUCUCCUCGUAACCCUGACAACGAUAUAUACAUUCUGUUUAAUCCCUGGUGUGAAGAUGACGCUGUGUACAUGGACAGUGAGGAGCAGAGAAAUGAGUAUGUUCUGAACGAUGUGGGGAGACUCUACUAUGGAACACAGCUUCAGAUCGGAGUCAGGACAUGGAAUUUUGGACAGUUUGCCGAUGGGAUGCUGGCUGCAUGUCUGUUCAUGCUGGAAUGCAGUAAGACCCCUGCAUCAGGUUGGGGAGACCCUGUUAACGUUGCCCGGGUGGUAUCUGCCAUGGUAAACUCUCCUGAUGAGAACGGGGUUUUGGAAGGUAAUUGGUCGGGUGAGUACUCUGACGGAACUUCCCCGACUGCUUGGAGUGGCAGUGUGGACAUUGUGAAGCAGUACCACAAAAGCGGAGGCACCCCUGUAAAAUAUGGGCAGUGCUGGGUUUUUUCUGGGGUAACUACCACAGUGCUAAGGUGUUUAGGUAUUCCUAGCCGUAGCAUCACAAACUUCGACUCUGCCCACGACACUGAUGUUUCCAUGACAAUUGAUGUUUAUUUGGAUGAAAAUCUCAUGCCAAUCAAUGAUCUUAACACUGAUUCUGUCUGGAAUUUUCAUGUGUGGAACGAUUGCUGGAUGUCCCGUCCAGAUCUCCCGGCUGGCAUGGGAGGCUGGCAGGCUGUAGAUGCCACCCCUCAGGAGACCAGCCAGGGCAUGUACUGCUGUGGCCCUGCAUCCGUGGCGGCCGUCCGUAAUGGCCAGGUCUACCUCAAAUAUGACGCUCCCUUCGUCUUUGCCGAGGUGAACAGUGAUAAGAUCUACUGGAAAAGGAAUACUGAUGGCACAUUCUCCCAGAUCCACUGUGAGAAGAAUGUGGUGGGUCAUUGCAUCAGCACAAAGGCAGUGGGAUCUGACAACCGAGAAGACAUCACGCAUGACUACAAGUACCCGGAAGGGUCCAAAGAGGAGCGAAUCGCUGUGGAAACCGCAACUUGUUAUGGCUCCAGGCCUGAUACCUAUGCCUCUGCUGUCACGAAGGAUGUCACCAUAGAGAUCACCAUGAAUGGGGAGGGGCCCAAGAUGGGUGAAGACGCUGAACUGGCCAUCACCAUCAAGAACAGCAGCUCUGAGCUACGCAGUGUUUCCCUUUACAGCGAGUUGGCAGUCAUGUACUACACUGGUGUCAACAAGGCCACAGUACAGAAGGAUAACAUGCAAAUAGAUCUAAAGGCCAAUGAAGUCAAGACUCUGGAGUGGGCCCUUCAGUACCAGCAGUAUAGGGGCCAGCUGGUGGACCAUGCGGCACUGAUGCUUACACUGUCUGGUCGUGUCAGUCAAACCCAGCAGAUUCUGGCCACCCAGUACAACUUCCGGUUGCAAACGCCAGACAUCAUCAUCACUCCUGUGGGCAAGCCUGUGGUGGGAAAGGAGAUGUCGGCUGAAUUCACAUUUAAAAACCCCCUCCCGCAUGUGCUGAAGAACGUGAAGUUCCGUAUAGAGGGUCUGGGCUUGCAAAGUGCCCGAGAGAUCGCCUAUGGCGAUGUGGCCAGCCUUGCUACGGUCACCCUGACAGAAAGGUUUGUGCCCACGCUGGCCGGGCCACGCAAGCUGCUGGCUUCUCUGGACUGUAAGCAGCUCACGCAGGUCCACGGCGUCGCCGACGUCUUCGUCAGGGAGAACUGAAAAGCGCUGGAGCGAGAAGAGGAAGUGAGCCAGGGCUUGAGGCAGACUUCAGCGCGUCUCAAACGGCGGACCAUUUUGUCUGACUCCCAUUUGUAGCUUAAAGAGUACUUCACGGCUUCUCUUCCAAGUAUUACGCGUUGUUUUUACGAUGUUUCUAGGUUUCAGAAUAACACACUGGUUCCCAGUCCUAUUUCAUCCUGUGCGUCUGUACAACAGAUACUUGUCAGAAGGGGCUCGGUGAGUGGCUUGUUAGUUAAAUCAGGUCUGUUACAUUACAGAAAACAAAAAGUGCUUAGGGUAUGAAGUCUCCAGGAUUGGGAUACCACAAGCCAGUAUUACUGUAGCUAUCACACAGGCUAUUGGAAAAGUUGCAUUUUUAAUGGCAAAACCUACCUGCAUUAUAAGUCUUUUUGCUAUGAAGGAUUUCACUGUAUCUCACCUGGCCUAAACAAGACCUGUUGUCCUAUGUUUAAUAGACUUCUGAUGUUUAGAUUUUAUAC